AUGUCGACGCUAUCUCCCCAGCUGGUCCGCAGUGAAUCCCCGACCGACAUGGGGUUUCCAAACGCAACCUUCUCAGAUCCCUAUCUUUCCGCUCCGUUGGACCCCGAGCAAGACGUUUUCAAAUCCUCAGGUAUCAGAUUGACCCCGGAGCCUGGCCAGCAAGACUUGCGUGAUGUCUCGACCUCUCCUUACAAUCACAUUGUGAACAGCGAUUCUGCGCAGGGUGCUGAAACAGCUGGCUACCCGACGUCUUAUUCGGAUUUUCUGAGUCCCGCCGACGACUUUUCGAGUGACCUGAGUGCCCAUGCUUCCCCAAACGGCGAUCAACCGCCGGGAAGUAUAGAUAUGGAAUUGCAGUCAUAUCUUGAUGCAUGGCCACAUAAUGUGGGUUCAUCCGUGGACUCAGGAUCGGCAGCCCUCUCUCAGCCAACCAUGGUCACGUCUCAGCUCCUGACCCCGGACCGGACUAACCACCCGAGUCCUGCGUCUGACUUGACCAAUCAACGAAACAAUGAAUCCCAAUCGCAUUCGGGGCAGAUGCUCACCGUAGUCACGGCUCCCUUGGGCAACAACCUGAAUGUUCAUCCCUCGUCGGAUGCUUCCAGAGCAAGAAGCCCAAUUGUUACGGUCGAAAGCUACUCGCGUGGAGAUUCCCCAGUCAGAGAGACAAUUUCCGUUCGACGGCAGGCGAGUCAGUCUUCCACACACCUUUCGCCUGGCGGAGAAUCAGAGGAUGGGGAUCACAAUACCUCAUGGCAGACAUCUCGACAAGCGAUCGCACGCACGCACGAUGGUUCCUGGCUUCCCGAUGGCGUCACUGGCCAUGCCGGUGUCGCCCCUACAUCACGUGAUGACGCGUAUAUCCUCAGUCCCAAUGAAGUAGAGUCACAGCGACGGCUUGAAGAGAAGAACGCGGAUAUUCGGUCAUGGUCCGCUACAGUAAGCGUCGCCGGCAGUGAAGAUGGAGACGACAGCCCUCAUACCCGCGGCCGUAAAGUACCAGCUGGCACACGACGCAGGGCGAGGAGCGCCGGAGACCCUGCGCCACAGCAGGACUACUUCAACCUGCAAUUUGGAACCUACGGGCCGGCCAUCCCUGGACCUGGUGCGUUAAUCCAUGAGAGCAGCGACGAGGAGCUCAGUGGCAAUGACUCCGAGGUCGAAGCAAGCGAUUCAGGAUCGCCCGCAGCCAGCGUCAAUGAAGCGAGAUGGGCUCAAGAAGAUCUUGCAGGUUCGCCCGUGCAGGACCAGCUCAACUCCGUGGACGGAGAGCCGGCACCACAUCAAUUCCUGGCAACUCGCCCAUGGCAGGACCCGGAUCACGACUCUACUCCCAGAUCAGUUCAGAUGCAGCCAUCAACCGCCAGCGCCGCUAUGAUGGAAUACCAACGACGCGCUCGAGAAAUAGAUGCCGUGUCCCGUUAUGCAACUUGGGGUACGCGGCCUAUGAGUGAAAUGGAAGUGAAUAGUAUUAUUGGUGCGGGGGGUUCAUUUGCCAAUCUGUCUAUCAGCCAGGACUCGAGCAAGAAACACGCAAGGCGGAGUAGCCUGAUGAAGUUCUUCCCACGGAAACCAUCGAUCAGCGUAUUAAAGAGACCGCUGUCAGACUUGUCCCUCGUUGAAAACCAAACCAUGAACAACGAGGUCAAAAGCCCGCCUUUGAGGAAGGACAGUUUCCCUCACCGGAAACUCAGCCUUGGGCGAAGCCCAAAGUCUCCCAGCCUUAGUACAGGCGGCGCCGUCAUUGCAAUUGCCGGCCAAAUGGCGGCUAUUGGAGGCAGAGACUCCCUGAGCACCGUCUCGCCACACUCAACGUCUAAUCCAUGGAACAAGUUUGGGCGGACGCGCAGUCGGAGUGAGAUAUCGCGCUCUACUGCACCGGGUCUAUUAGACUUGAUUACCAGUCACGGAGGGCCGCCCGUUCCCACAAUUGGCCACUCACAAACUUUGACGACUGACAAUCAUGGUCUCCAGCAGGCGGCGUCAAGCCAGCCUGGUGAGACAGGAGAUGAUGACGAGGAGGACGAUGAUACGGCCGAGAAAGAGCAGGUUAUGGAAUUUCCGGUUCUCGCCCGUCUGCCUGUGCCUACAACGGAAGGGUUCAAGGCUCAGAUCACACAGCUGAAUCCUCGUCUGGAGCCUGCACUGAUCGAGCGUCUCGCGAAUGAGCAGGUUCGCAGAUACAAGAAGUUGAUUGAGCAUAAAAUGAACCAUACUCAUGCCGUCAGUAAGAAGACCUGCUCGGCGGGUAAAUUCUGCUUCGCACAGGGUGGUGAAGCCGUGAUACUGGCCGCGCGCGCUGGACCUCAUGACUCCGAAGCUGCACAUACCCAGUUCCAGGUCACCGGGCACAGCGGACUGGAUGAUGAACCUCCUGCGCUUGGAGAGAAUGCUGUGACAGCGGCGCAGUUUCCCCCAGGCGUCCCAUUACCGCCUGUGAAGCGCCUCCCGGCCGAAUUCGAGUGCCCCAUAUGUUUCAGGGUGAAAAGGUUCCAGAAGCCAUCCGAUUGGACGAAGCAUGUCCACGAAGAUGUGCAGCCGUUUACUUGCACAUUUCCGCACUGCAACGAGCCCAAGUCCUUCAAGCGAAAGGCGGACUGGGUUAGGCAUGAGAGUGAACGGCACAGGAAACUUGAAUGGUGGACUUGCACCGUUCAUGAUUGCCAUCACACAUGUUAUCGCAAGGACAAUUUCGUACAGCAUCUCGUCCGAGAGCAUAAGAUGUCCGAGCCCAAGAUCAAGAAGACGAAGACGAAAGGUGUGGGCGCUAGUAGCCGACAAGACCCGGUCGCAUCUGGAGCACAGGAAGAAAGCAUUCGCGAGCGAGAAGUUGAGCAGCUGUGGGAGCUCGUGGACCAGUGUCAUCAUGAUACCUCCAAGGGACCGCGGGACGAACCCUGCCGCUUCUGCGGUAACGUCUGCAGCAGCUGGAAAAAGCUUACCGUUCAUCUGGCCAAGCACAUGGAGCAGAUUGCCAUGCCUGUUCUGGCACUAGUGCAAGAACGACAUCUGUCUUCCUACGUAGAUGCUGGCGUUGCCCCGAAAGCAGUCAGUUACCCUGGCUCGAUCGCACAGGAAGCCACCAGCUUUUCACCUGAUCUGAAUAGCAUCAAAGUCGAACCGGACGUGGCAAUAAAUUUCGAAGCCGGAAGAUCCGAGCCGCCUGCUGGGCUUUUGAAUCCAACCUACCCACCGACCUCCACAACCCUACAUCAAGGGUUUCUAUCCGCUGAACCAGAGGCGUACACUGCAUACGGAUCGCAGGCGGGCCUCGCGGGGCAGCAUUUUGUGCCUGUUCAUCAGAGCUCUGUCACCUACCCGCCACUGCUGAACGCCGGGCCGCGACCCAGAAUAACGACUCAGGAGUUGACUGUGUUGCAGAAUCCGUACCAGCUUUGCACCUCACCCACGGAGAUGCGCGCGACGUAUGAUCCUCAGGGCACACUGCAUAUGUCACCCCCUCCGGUAGAGAACGACCAGGCCUAUCAGAUCGCGCAAGCCACGUCGUAUUCAUACGAUGGCUCCGUGGGUUAUUCUCACCAAUUUUAA